UGUGUGUGUGUAAGUGCGUGUGACAAUCAUAAUCAUCAUCAACCGAAUUGAUUCAAUGAUUGAUCUAUCAAUCGAUAGUAUAGUAACAUCUACGAAGGAAAAACCAACAAAUUGUUUCAAUGAAUGAUCCAUAAUUUACAAAUUAUUGAUUUAUCAUCAUCAUCAUCGAUGGGUGGUUGUUAUUCAUCUUCUGUAACUUGAAAAUUUUUUAAUUUAUCAUCAAUAUAUAAAAUGUCAUCGAGAUCUCCAUAUUCUUUUUCAUCAUUAUCAUCAAUAAUGUCGUUGUUUCCGACAACAUUAUUUCUAUUCCUCAUUAUCGUUCAUAUUCAUUUUUCAUCCAUUUUUGCUCAUAAUAUUAAUCCACCAUCAUCAUCAUCAUUGAUUAAAUCAAAUUCAUCAUCUUCGACGACGACGACGACGACGACUGAAAAUCCGAUAUCGAUCAAGAAUGAAUAUAUGGAAGAUAUUGAUAAUGAUGAUGGAGAACUAGAUGUUGAUGAUGAUGAUGAUGAAUAUUCAUAUGAUGAUAAUAAUGGUUAUUAUAAGAAUAAUAAUAAUAAAGAUAAAGAUAAUGAUCAUUAUACAGCAUCAUCAUCAAAUCAUCGAUCAUCAUCAUCAUUGAUUUCACCAAUAACCAAUGAUAUUGAUGAUGAUGAUUUUUGUAAUGAUACAUUUAUCGAUUCAGCAUAUUAUAAUGGUUAUGAUACAAUAUUAACACGUGGUAAUCAUUUAUGGUAUUAUUAUAAAGAUCAAAAUCGUUUAAGCCGUUCAUAUGAUCAACGUAGAUUUACACAAGGUGAUCAUAUUCAAGGUGCAUUCAACAUAUCACGAACACCAUUAUAUUGUCUUAAUAAUCACAAUCAAUCUAAACAUCGUCGACGACAAACACGUCAAUCAUCAUCAUCGGCAUUAUUAUUACGUAAUCCAUUAUUGAAUGCCAAACAACAACAGCAGCAAAGAAAAUCAAUGCCAUUAUUAUUGGAAAAACGUUCAAAAUUACUGCAAGAUCAACAAUCAACAAUAUCCGGUGAUUGUCAAGAAUUACAAAAAUUACGUUCAACAGCAAUAUAUUUUCUACAUAAUAAAGAACGUACACGUAGUUAUUAUAAUCUGGAUGUUCGAUAUCCAAAUGGUACACAACGUAGGGUACGUUCACGUGAUUUACCAUGGAAUAUGAAACAGGUUGGUUUACUUGGCGGUAAUCUAUGGCCAAAUGGUUGGGAAAUAUAUCAAGAAUUUCGUCCGGUUGCAUUUUUACCUGCACGUUAUGAAAUGAUAUUUAUUUUGAAUGAACAUCAUUUUUCGAAUCUAGAAUCAUCAACCAAGCAACAUCAACAACAAUUUCAAUCACAACGUUUAUCAUUAAAUAAUAAUAAACAAACAAAGAAUAAAAUUCCAUCACCAAUUUUAAUAUGGAAUAAUUUAGAUGCUACAAAUUGGAAUACAUCAUGGAGAUCAAAAUUAUUACAUUUUGAUCCACCGGUACGUUUCACCGGUAUGUUUGAAAUGAAUGGCAUUGUUUAUGCUAUUGGUGAAUCGACGAAUGAUAAUCAUUCGCAUUCAAUAUCACGAAGAAUUGGAAAAAUGUAUCGAUAUUAUGUUACGGAAAAUGAUGGCCGUGAUUUUAAAGAAUUAAAUCAAACUGUACAAGAAUUUUUUGGUUGUCCAAAAUCAAAAAUUCUUACAACAACAACAACCACAACAUUCAAACCUUUUACCAAGGCUUCAAAUACUUCAAGCCAAAGGUUAAAUACGAUUAUUCCAAAAUUAACAACUACAACAACGACAACAACUACUACCACCACAACAACGACGACGACGACGACGACAACUACACCAAAGCCCACGGCAAUAACAAAAACCACCACAUCUACAACUUCCACACCAUCUACCAAUAUUAUGGAAGAUUUUGAGUCAUCAUCGAAAUCUUCAAAUAGAAUUGAUAAUUAUAACGAAGUCGAAGACGAAGAUGAUGAUGAUAAUAAUAAUGAAGAUGCAUCAGCUAAUGAUACUGACGAUUCAUCAUCAUCAACACCUCCUAUGGAUCAUAUAAUUAUACCAAAGAAAAAAUCUUCAAGUCAUUCAAUUCCGGUUACGACGACAACAAAUAAACCAACAGAAGAAUUUACAUCAUCAUCAUCGUCGUCGUCGGAAAUACCAUCAUCGGUAUUUUUACGAAAUUCACGUGCAAAAAUUACAUCCGUAAUGCCGACAAAUAUUAAAUCAAUCGGUCAUAAUAGUCAUUCAUCAUUGGGUACGACUGUACAACAACAACAAACCAUUGGUGGUCAUCCUGUUACAAAAUUAUCAUUUCCAAAAUUAGCUACAGCUGGUUCGGCUUAUCCAACAGUUACAUUGCGAGAAACUGAUUCAAUCAUGCUGACAAUAUUGAUUGCAAUCGUUAUCGGUGCUUCAAUAUUAUGUAUUAUAUUGGCUUGUUUAGUCAUUAAUGGAAAAAAACGUCAACUUCCUCCUCAUUUUGAAGGUGGUCAUCAUAUCGAACCGGCUAUACCGAAACCAACAAUUAUUGGUCUGGAUUAUCAUCGCCGUAAAAAUUCCACAACUAGUUCAUUGACGCCAUUCAAUUUUCUUGCACGAUAUGAUUCAAUGAAUUCAUUGACGGCCAUCUAUUCACAAGUAAAUCAUCAUCCGGGUUUGCAUUCAUCACAUCAUCAUCAUCAUCAAUCACGACCACCAUCAUCACGAUUAUCACCAUCAUCGAUUAUUGAACCAACAGCGUCUAGCCCAAAUUUACAUGCAUUGCAUCCAAAGAUUCCAGCUCCGCCACCACCACCACCACCUCCUCCUUCAAUAUCACCACCGACAACAAUAUCUAGAAAUGUCGGUGGACCAACACUACAUCAUAAAUCUGUUUCAGUAAAUCUAACUAAUUCUAAAUCUGGUCAUCAUCGUCAUCAUCAUCAUCAUCAUCAUCAUAAUUCUCAUAAUCAUAAUCAUUAUUCAUCAUCAUCCAUAUUAGUGAAUUCUGAACCAAAUCUAGUUGUAGCCGAAGAAAUAGCUGGACCAUCAAUGACGAAAAGUGGCCCAAGUCAUCAUCAUCAUCAUCAAUCACAAUCAAUUCAACAAGAACAACAACAACAGCAGCAUCAGUCAUCAUCGUCA